GAAGCAGCUUAGAAGACUGCUCCGGUUAUUGUCCUCGGGUUCCGUCGAGUCCAAGGAUCAAUUCAUUAUUCGAGACGGUCACAGAGGGAAGGAUCAAGGUAGCGGGGUAGAAAUGAGUGUAGUACACAAGGUCGAGACAAGUGAUUGGACGAUGCGGGAUUAUCGGGCUGUGUGGAGCCUGCCGUAUGAAGGAUCGCAUCGCCAGUCAAGAUGGCAACGCUGUGCUUUGGAGAGCGGAGAAUCCGAACCAUUCCUCAAGAAUCAAGAACAUGAACUGAUCACUCGCGAUCACGUUGCAAUGUGCUAG